UUCAGGUAGAGAAACCCGGGACUGGGAUCAUGGCAGCCAAGACUUGGAAUGUGGCCAGAGCAGAGGCCCCGCAGCCCCAGAAGCACUACUACAGGCAAUGUGCUGGCUCCAACCCCAUGGCGGACCACACACUGCACUAUCCUGUGAAGCCAGAGGAGAUGGACUUGUCUGAGCUAUACCCAGAGUUCUUCGCUCCACUCACUCAAAAUCAGAGCCAUGAUGACCCAAAGGGUAAGAGAGAAAAGAGAGCUCAGGCCCAAGUGGAGUUUGCAGACACAGGCUGUGGCUAUGGUGGCCUGUUAGUGGAACUAUCACCGCUGUUCCCAGACACACUGAUUCUGGGUCUGGAGAUCUGGGUGAAGGUCUCAGACUAUGUACAAGACUGGAUUCGGGCCCUACGUGCAGCUCCUGGAGGUGGCUUCCAGAACAUUGCCUGUCUCUGUAGCAAUGCCAUGAAGCAACUUCCUACCUUCUACAAGGGCCAGCUGACAAAGAUGUUCUUCCUCUUCCCCAACCCACAUUUCAAGCAGACAAAGCACAAGUGGCGAAUCAUCAGUCCCACCCUGCUAGCAAAAUGUGCCUAUGUGCUGAGAGUUGGGGGACUGGUAUAUACCAUAACCUAUGUGCUGGAGCUACACGACUGGAUGUGCACUCAUUUUGAAGAGCAUCCGCUGUUUGAGCAUGUACCUCUGAGGACCUGAGUUAAGACCCCAUUGUGGGACAUCUAGGUACCUCAACUGAGGAGGGGAAGAAUUCUACGUAAUGGAGGGAAGAAGUUCCCAGCCAUCUUUCGAAGAAUACAAGAUCCCAUCCUACUGCCUGGUCACUGACUGCUUACUCUACCUUAGCUGGACCUCAUCUUCCAGGGACUAGAGAAAAGAGCAGGAGCCCUGGGUCUUCCCAGUUGAGACUGCUGGAGCUGAGACACAGUAUUCUCUCAAAGAAGGUGGGGAGCUACCCAGGGCAGAACCCACUGGUGUUCAUGACUACCUCUGGCUCCUCUCACCUUGUCCCUCCACUCCCAACAGAAAACAAAGCAGCUGACUGAGGUGGUCAAAAGACUUUGGGCCAUAGGGGAUCUUUGGAAGGCUGUGGGGUCUUGCUCUCCCUUAGCAGUCCCUUCUCCUUGGGAGAUCUCUCCUCAGCUGGAAUGAGGAAUGUAGUCCAUCUAAACUGCUUGCUAGG